UGCGUGUCUGUUUACUCAGCCUGCUGUAAGGUGGUGGCACAUGUAAAGCCAGUGUGUGUAUAGGUUAACGGCUCUGCCACGUAGAAUACAUGCUUGUUGUACACUGUAUGUUGUGCAGUGGGUGUCUGACUAACUGUUAAAGUCCACGUAGACUCUGGGAUCUCUACACUCCUCCUAUUGGUGGCUGAGACUUGACACCGUCGUUUUCCCCGCCGCUGGUGAGCACACAGUGGGUAUUAGGUGUUGUGAAGCUGUGGGCUGCUUUGUGAAUUUGUAACUUCCUCUAUCUAUCUCUCUGUCUUUAUCUCCCUCUCUCUGUCUCUCUGAGGGGACACUCACUGACUUACCACUGUGGAAGGCACACCCACGUGAACCCACGCUUCCUGGCAACUUUGUGACGACAAUAAUUUUUCCGUUUCCUGUGAUCGGUCUGUCUCCUGCUCAUGCAGUGCUGGUGAGCAGGCUGUCGGAGGUGCGAUGCCCUGGGCGUGACCUCGUGUGACCCUUCCCCUCCACCACCAUGAAGCUGAAGCAGCGCGUGGUGGUGCUCUGCGGAGUUCUGCUGCUGCUGGGCCUGGCCAAGGUGUUCCUGCUAGAUGGAGGCGAGGGCUCAGCUGCCAGCCGCCGUGACCUCCGUGCCUUCCGCAAGAUGGAGGCCAGCUUGCUGUUGGCCAAAGGUGCACGCCUCACGCACACCCUGCAGUCUCCAUGGGAGGUUGCCGCCCAGUGGGUAGGGCCACGUGAGGUCUAUCCAGAUGAUACGCCAGAGCUAGCUGCGGUGCUCAAUGCCCUGGCCAGUGCCCGCGUGGAGAGGGCUGACGUCGGCUACAAGGGCACCCAGCUUAAAGCCCUGCUGGUGCUGGAUGGAGGGCAGAAGGUGGUGUUCAAGCCCAAGAGGUACAACAGAGAUUACAUAGUAGAGGGGGAGCCAUAUGCAGGAUAUGAUCGACAUAAUGCAGAAAUAGCUGCUUUUCACCUGGACAGGAUCCUGGGGUUUAGGAGAGCACCUCUGGUGGUCGGGCGAUUUGUGAACCUGCGGACAGAGAUAAAGCCUGUAGCUACAGACCAACUACUGAGCACGUUCCUCAUGCAUGGGAAUAAUACGUGUUUCUAUGGGAAGUGUUAUUACUGCAGAGAGAGUGAGCCCGCGUGUGCUGAGGGUGACAUCAUGGAGGGCUCAGUGACUCUCUGGCUGCCUGAUGUCUGGCCGCUACAGAAACACAGACACCCUUGGGGGCGCACCUACAGAGAAGGCAAACUCGCCAGGUGGGAGUAUGAUGAGAGUUACUGUGAGGCAGUGAAGAAGAUGCCUCCGUAUGAUGCUGGUCCACGUCUCUUGGAUGUUAUUGACACAGCCAUUUUCGAUUACCUCAUCGGCAACGCAGAUCGUCAUCACUAUGAGAGUUUCCAAGAUGAUGGUGGAGCCAGUAUGCUUAUUCUUCUGGACAAUGCCAAAAGUUUUGGAAACCCAUCCUUAGACGAAAGAAGCAUUUUGGCUCCUCUCUAUCAGUGCUGCAUGGUCCGAGUGUCCACUUGGAACAGACUGAACCUGCUGAAGGGCGGAGCAUUGAGCUCGGCCAUGCGUCAGGCAACAACCCAUGACCCCGCUUACCCCGUGCUGACCGAGCCUCACCUGGCCGCACUCGAUCGGCGCCUUAUUGGCGUCCUGGCGACUGUUCGGCAGUGCAUGGAGCUGCAGGGAGCUGAGAGCACACUUAUUGAAGAUCGCAUGAAUCUGCCUCACCCCUGAUGUCUCGAGAGAGAGAGAGAGAGAGAGAGAGAGAGAGAGCAAGUGACACGGAGGGAAUAGAGACGAAUGCUGCUGGUCAACGUGUUCUCUGUCUUUACUCUGACUUCCUGCUCUGACUGUUACAGGGAGACUUUAAGACCUUGAGGAAGUGACCUUGUCAUGAGCAGGUCGUUGUUAGAGUUGACGCAGACCUUGGCUGCUCUGAGCCGCAAUUCGGAAAUGUCUUUUCCCGACAUGCGCGCGCAUUACACGUUACAACUAAACAUCUGUUUUUCUUCUUCUGAGUGGGAUUGUCACAGACUUCUCUGCUUACCAAUGUUCUUAUUUUUCCUGUUAUUUCUUUCUAUGAAUUUCUAUGAAUCUGUCUUAUCUCUGUGGGUGUACGGGGCGCUGGUGCUCAGUUCCGAAAGAGUCCUCCUACAGUGACCUAGGCAGACUGACAGAGUGCCGUCCUCACCGCUGAGCUCUGGGCAGGGGCAUUCCGUGCCGGCUGUGGGGGUGUUCGUAGACCCCGGGCUGCCCCCCCUGCGCCUUGAAGUGUCAUAACUGAGGUCACAGAUGAAAGUAUCGACAGAACUGUUCCUCUCACCAUAAACAGAUUGUACAUACUCAACUAAUUAUUUAAUAACAAUAUUGAUAAAUUGUGAAUAAUGUUAUUGAUUUUAAGAAUUAUUAUAAUGAUGAGAGAUAUGAUGCAGGGUUGUCUGCUUUAAAACGUACAGUUUGAGUGCAGUACUGGAAAGAAACGGGUGGUGGGGAGAAGAUAUUGCUACUGAUUCUCAGAGAUAACAUGACAGCACUGGAAAGCUGUAUAAGAGCCUUUUCAAAUUAAAAAACAAAAAUGAAUUCAUCGUUUAUCUUGUUUUUAUAUUAGAUUUUUUUUUUGUGUGAGAAUGUCUGCCCCCAUUCAUUGCUCAGAAAUGUUUGUGUUUUAUUAUUAUUGUUUUUUUUUAUCAAAUUAAAUCGUAUCACUGAUCCCAGAUGCACUCAGUCAGCUGAA